UAGUGCUAAAGGAUUUGUUCAACUUUUUUUUAUUUAUAUUUUUUUUAAAUAUGUUGUGUGAUGUAAUUCUCAUUUCUGGCCAAUUUACAAUACAAGGGACCGAGUGAUGCAUAGAAAAGUUCCUGGAUUAGUGUGGAAUUAGCAUAAAGCCCUGCGCUGCAAAGUACCCAGCAAGUGAACAAGAGGAGUGAGAGAGCCAACGUGCGAGAAAGGGUGAAAGCACAGAGGGAGAGAGACACUUCCAGUAACACGAGGACAAGUCCCAGAGAGCAGAGGACCUUCAUCCUUCUGCGACAGGACAGCAUAUUUUGCCACUAUGGAGGAAAAACAGUUUUCAGGCAUUUUGAAUGGAGCGGUUCCAGGGGAACAAGUGAAGAAGGAUGAAAAUUCUCGACGGGGAAACUGGGGGAACCAGAUUGAGUUUGUCCUGACUAGUGUGGGCUACGCAGUAGGGCUGGGCAACGUCUGGAGGUUCCCUUACCUUUGUUACAGGAAUGGAGGAGGUGCCUUCAUGUUCCCAUACUUUAUAAUGCUGGUGUUCUGUGGCAUCCCACUGUUUUUCUUGGAGCUUUCCUUUGGCCAGUUCACCUCUUUGGGCUGUCUGGGAGUGUGGAAGGUCAGCCCCAUGUUCAAAGGUGUUGGCUAUGGAAUGAUGGUGGUCUCUACUUACAUUGGCAUCUAUUACAAUGUGGUGAUCUGUAUUGCAAUCUACUACUUUUUCAUGUCCAUGACCAAUCUGCUGCCAUGGACAUACUGCAAUAACCCCUGGAACACCCCAGACUGCAGUGGUGUAGUGGGCACACCGCGGGCAAAUGCCUCCUUCACUAACUUCACUGCUAAUGCAGUGUCGGGCUUUACUGAGGUGAUCAGUCACACCAAGAGGACAAGUCCCAGUGAGGAAUACUGGAGGAACUAUGUACUGAACAUCUCAGAUGGCAUCGGGAACUUCGGGGAAGUGCGCCUCCCCAUCCUGGGCUGCCUGGCUAUCUCCUGGGUGGUGGUGUUCCUCUGCCUCAUCCGUGGGGUGAAGUCCUCUGGCAAGGUGGUGUACUUCACAGCGACCUUUCCCUACGUGGUGCUAACCAUUCUCUUCAUUCGAGGCAUCACGUUAGAUGGUGCUGUCAGUGGAAUCCAAUACUACCUCACUCCACAGUGGGAGAAAAUCCUGAAUGCCAAGGUGUGGGGUGAUGCUGCUUCUCAGAUUUUCUACUCCCUGGGCUGUGCCUGGGGUGGGCUCAUCACCAUGGCUUCCUAUAACAAAUUUCACAACAACUGUUUCAGAGACAGCAUCAUUAUCAGUGUGACAAACUGUGCAACGAGUGUGUAUGCCGGCUUUGUCAUCUUCUCCAUCCUGGGCUUCAUGGCACAGCACCUGGGCGUGGACGUGUCCGAGGUGGCUGACCACGGGCCAGGCCUGGCCUUUGUUGCCUACCCAGAAGCUCUGACGCUGCUACCCAUCUCGCCACUCUGGUCGCUGCUUUUUUUCUUCAUGCUCAUCCUGCUGGGUCUCGGCACACAGUUCUGUCUUUUGGAGACAUUGGUGACCGCGAUAGUGGAUGAGAUCGGCACGGACUGGAUCAUCCGAAACAAAACCUUCAUCACGCUUGGAGUGGCCAUCCUCGGCUUUCUCUUGGGAGUGCCAUUGACCACACGGGCGGGAAUAUACUGGCUGCUGCUAAUGGAUAACUACGCUGCCAGCUUCUCGCUAGUCAUCAUCUCCUGCAUCAUGUGCAUCUGCAUUAUGUAUGUUUAUGGCCACAGAAACUACUUUAAGGAUGUGGAGAUGAUGCUGGGUUUCCCUCCACCAGUCUUCUUCAGGGUCUGUUGGAGGUUCAUCUCUCCGCUUAUUAUCUCGUUCAUCCUGAUCUUCACUGUGAUCCAGUACAAACCCAUCACUUACAAUGAUUACGUGUACCCAGACUGGUCUCUGGUCAUUGGUUUCUGCAUGGCCCUGUCCUCAGUAAUCUGUAUUCCCAUCUACGCUCUUUUCAAGAUUGCCAUGUCUGAUGGAACCACAAUUUUGGAGCGGUUGAAGAACUCCAUGAAGCCACAUUCCAGCUGGGGUCCGGCGCUGCAAGAGCACCGCAAGGGCCGCUACGCAAUGGCCGGACCCGAAUCAGUGGAGGUGCGUUCUCUUAAAGAUGAGGAGAAAGAGAAAGAUCAGGAUAAAGAGAAGAAGGAAGAGAUCGGGCUCACCAUAAAGGGCAGCAAUGGCUCCACAUUCAACCCGACACCCAGUGUAUAGACGUGAGGCCACACCUGCUGAACCUUUACAUAUUGUCACUUGAGGUCAUCCUAUGGUUGUUGAAUGACAUUCGGAGGAGCUGAUGAUCAUCCCAGUCAAUGGAGAGUCAUUUUCACCCUCAGCCUGUCUGUAACUUUGUUGUCUCCAGUGUCUACUGCUUGACCUUGUUCUUAUGAACUGCUAUCUUUGAAAUUUUGAGGAUGGAAGCAACCUGACACUCACUGUAUCCCUCUGCCAGUAAAGCCAGAACUGAUUAGGUGAUCACCUGAACCAACUCUUAUUUAAUGAAGAAAAGUAUAAAAUCCACAGCUGUGGUCAUCACUAUCUUCUUGCAAUAGGACCAGUUUGGAUAGCAAAAAACUGUGUUCAUCAUGCCAAAAGAGUUAAAAAGAAAAGUUUUGAGUGAGAAAAAGAAAGGUACUUGUGUUGGAAUUCUAGCACAGACACUGGAAUGAAAUGGGUGCCAUACAUAGAGAUGCUGAUUUUUAGAAAAAAUUGAAGUGGUCUCUUAACUUUUUCCAGAGUUGUGUAGUAUACUGUGUAAAGGUUUCAAAGUCUGGUUACCCCCCAAAAGUGAAGAUGGGGGGUAACCCUGCAUUUAAAGAUUUCAUUCUGACUGCGUGCAGGCUAAUUUGAAAGCCCAUAUCUGAUUCCGGCGGCACGGUGGUGUAGUGGUUAGCGCUGUCGCCUCACAGCAAGAAGGUCCGGGUUCGAGCCCCGUGGCCGGCGAGGGCCUUUCUGUGUGGAGUUUGCAUGUUCUCCCCAUGUCCGCGUGGGUUUCCUCCGGGUGCUCUGGUCUCCCCCACAGUCCAAAGACAUGCAGGUUAGGUUAACUGGUGACUCUAAAUUGACCGUAGGUGUGAAUGUGAGUGUGAAUGGUUGUCUGUGUCUAUGUGUCAGCCCUGUGAUGACCUGGCGACUUGUCCAGGGUGUACCCCGCCUUUCGCUCGUAAUCAGCUGGGAUAGGCUCCAGCUUGCCUGCGACCCUGUAGAACAGGAUAAAGCGGCUAGAGAUAAUAUCUGAUUCCAGACUGAAUGAGGCUCAUGAGGCUUGGAUCCAUUGUGCUAUAGCAUGUAACUAACCUUCACUGUAUGAGGAAGCACACUUGAAACAUUUUUCGGUAGACUGACUGUUUUUACCACCACGUUUAUUAAACUGACUCCUUAGCCAAUGUGUUAUUUACAGGAAGGCAAGAUUAAAAUGGAAAUAAAAUUUUUCCUACAUUGUUUUGGUGAAAUAACUAUUCUUUUAAAGUAUAUUAUAGGCAGAAAAAAACUCAAUUUUUGCCAUAAUUUAGCCACAGUGGCAUCUGAUGAGUUUUCCCCACCCACUAUACAUGUAUAUAUCCACCUUUUUUUUGUAGGAUGGAUUUUUGUGUGUGUGUGUGUGUGUGUGUGUGUGUGUGUGUGUGUGUGUGUGUGUAUUCCCAAUAUUCAUCAGGCAUGUUUAAACCUGAAGUAAAAUGUGUAUACUAGAUUGGCUUCAACAAACCGUAUAGUACUAGAACAUGUUAACUAGUGACAAAUGAAUUAUUAGUUAGACUGGAAACUGCGAUGUUUCUGUAAACUUUCCAAAGGGUCCACUGACGUUUAAAAGUGGAUGAUCGACUCAUACUAACCUGUAGCUGUGUAAUUAUCAGUCCUUUUAAUACAUAAGAUCAGAUCCAGUUGUUUUGUGUUGCUGAUUUAACCGAAAUGUCGCAAGCCCUAAAGUUGACUGCAAAAUCUCCUAAUAGAGAUAUUGUAACAUACUGUGACAUGUUGUACUCCUGGUUUGAAUAUCUGAGCCGCUCAUCUGUGUGUUAUUCAUUUCCACUAUGAAUAUAGAUUUUUUUCCCCCUUUUAUUCUUUUUUGUAGGUUUGUCAAGUAUUAAUGCACACUAUAUCGUAUUUGGACAAUGACAGUAUAACAUAACUAAAACUGUGAUUUUUUAUUUUUAUUUUUUUAAUCUGGUUGCUUGCUGUUAUAAAGAAACCUUUUUUUUUUUUAACAGAAUGCAUCACCUUGCAUUUUCAUGUUAUUCCAGCACUUUACAAUGUGACUGUUAUGAUAUUUAAUGCAACAUACAGUACUAUGCAAAAGUCUUAGGCAUCCCUUUUUUUUUUUUUUAGUCCAAACUUUGUUUAUAGCCUUCUACAUUAUUGAGACAGUACAAAACAUUUUGGAUUUCCAUACAUUAGUUUCCCAGCACAAAAUUAAUUGUUACAGAAAAAUGUUUGUAUGUGACAAAGUGUCCAGAAAAACUGUGGCUGGUUCUGGAAGAUGCUCAGUAAAACCUACAGCUCAUUCCCUGAUAAAACUGCACAAACUAUACCUAAUAGCACUUUUUUUUUAAGCAAAGGGUCAUCUCACACCAAAUAUUGACUUUGUUUCAUUUAUUACUGUUUAAAGCUCUUUGUAUAGUAUUUUUUUUAAUGUAGAAACAUUUAAUUUCAUUAUUUUUGAAGGCAUCUUUUCUCUACAGCACUUCUUUGCUCAGACUUUUGCACAGUACUGUAUAUUACAACCCUACCCACUCUCUACUGCUCAAAAGUUACGGAGAAAAAAAUAAAAAGAAGGUCCGUGUCCACUACUGUCACAUCCUGGUGAAAUUCCUGUGAGGGCACAAUGAAAAUGAGCUCAGAACUUUCUAUCAAACAUAUCUAACCAUGUCUUUGGAAUCUUAGGGCCAAAUUGCAUCAAACGUUGUCUUAGUCGCGCCAGCUGUGUAUCUUAAAUGGUUCAAUUUCAAAUGGUAAAAUAAAGUUUAUUUUAAAGAUCAA